CAUACCAGGAACAUUCUCCCAGAUAGUUCACCUAUACCUUCCGAAUAAGGAGAGAGUGCAAAGCACAGAGGACAUUAGCAUCCAAAAAGAACUGAAGAAUGUCCAGGAUGAGUCAGACUGAGGAAAGCAGUAGCCGCUUGACAUGGAACAUUGAGAGGUCAGUAGUCUGCAUAAUACUGAGCUUGUCGUUUAUUGUUGGGACCCCUGGAAACUGCAUUGUCAUCUGGACUGUUUGUACAAAAAUGAAGCAAGUAUCUCCUUCAGUCCUGCUGAUCUUGAACCUGGCCAUCGCAGAUAUCCUUGUACUGAUUACGCUACCGAUCUGGAUUUACUCUUUUGCUGACUCCUGGGUUUUUGGAGUUAUCUUCUGCAAGAUACUCGUUUUCAUUAUUUACUGCAGCAUGUAUGCUAGUAUAUUCCUCAUUACGGCACUGAGCUUGGAGAGAUUACUGGCUGUAUUUUACCCCUUCACGAUUCAAAAAUAUAAAACAAAAGAAAAGAUUUUUGUAAUCAUAUUCCUCAUUUGGUUCCUGUCUAUUACUUUUGGCAUUUCUGUCAUUCCAUUUCAAGAGACAGAAGAAAUGAAUGGUGGACUACAAUGCACAUGUCGCAACUAUUCUUCUAAUAGACAGAAAGUAUCAUAUCUUUUGCUAGAGACUCUUGCAGGUUUUGCAAUUCCUUUUUUAAUAAUUUUCACUUGUUAUGUGUGUGUUGGAAAAAGAAUAAGCAAAAUGACUUACCAAUCAAAGCGGCGAUCAGAACGGCUGAUUGCCAGUGUGGUUGUGGCAUUCAUUUUAUGCUGGCUCCCACAUCAUCUCUUUAACAUCCUGGAGAUUAUUUCAGUACAGAUAGAACUCUCUAACAAAGAAGUGUCUUUAGCACUGGAUGAAAUUUUAAACAUAGGAGUGUACAUCUCUGGAGCACUUGUAUUCAUCAGUAGCUGUAUUAACCCUCUACUUUAUGCCUUUGCUGCACGAAGAUUUCAGAAUCACUUGAGAUUUGCCAAGAUAUCAAAGCUGUUUGAACAGAUGAGUCAGACUGUAACAGAGGAAGACAAGAAAAAGAGUUCUGUUGUAACCAAACAAGAAGAUACUUUAAUAAGCACAGAGAAUCUUUAACAAGGAACAUAUACCAAGUAAAUAAUGGGAUUCUGGGACAUUCCUUCAGCAAUUCUUCCACCUCACAUUCUCAGUUUUGCUUACCAAAAAAAAAAAAAAAAAUCAAGGACUAGCCUGUCAGCUCCUGAUUAAGCUAGACAAGUAAAAGUCAUUAGGUUUCGUUUUCUGUGUUAUAGAAGAAUUGGCAGUGACAACCUAAUUCCGUUCCAUAUCACAAUAUUAUCACUGUUUCAGUUGUGUUGAACUUCAACAAGGUAGCUAGAAGCUGAAAGCAUAAGGAAUGCAACACUUUUACUUUCCAUUAAAACUGCAAUUUCUAGAAAAGGUUCAUGUAUGGAAAACAGAGACUUUGUUCAGGGAAAAAAAUGUAGAACCUUAAGUUUUCCUCUAAGAAAACUUUAAAUGCUAAAAAAACCUUAUAUAUAAUCUGAAGUUUUAAGUAAGAGCAUAUCUACACCCCUGGUGUGGAUAGGAGUGCUAAUUUUAAGUAUAUUAAUUACACCUAAAACUCUUUAUGGUAGAUUGAAAUCAUAUUAAUUACACCUAAAACUCUUUACGGUAGAUUGAAAUCAUAAAGCUAUUUUUUAUUCAGGACUUUAUUUUGGCCAGUUUGAAAGUAACAAGGGCUGCUUAACACAGUCAAGCUCAUUUACAAGUGUAUCUUAUAGUAAUGGGCUUUAACAAAUAAAAUGCAAGUGUGAUAUGAUUCUUCAGGAAAAAUGGGAAGGUACAAGAAUUCUAUGUAGUAUGUAGCUACAGACUUCACAAUAUAUUCAGUCUCAAAUACAUUACAUACUUAAAUGGCAAUGCAACUAUUGAUAAAUCAAAUACAUGUACUAUGAGUAUUCUCAAAAGGUUUGAUUUAGGUUAAGCUCUGAAGAUGUCUAUUAAAUUGUGGAGGAACUGGAUCAGGUCCUGGGGGGAAGGGACGAGAGAUCCUCAGUAUUAUUUUUUCACUUGCAAGAAAAGUAUGCCUGCGCUACAAAAUGGCUAAUAUCAUGAGAAAUUCAACUUGCAAGGGGAAAAAAAAGAUUACUUUUUUUUCUUUUUAUAUAGAAGAGGGGGGGACUGUCUUUAAGAAACCAGUAAAUUUAGAGCUUGCAAGGAACUUGUUUUACUUUUGUGAAUGUGUAUAGGCUGUGAAAAAACUGCAUAGCAUGCAUAAAUGUUUUCUUUUGAAUUUUUUUUUCUGUUGUGCCUAACAUUUUAAACUUUCUUUUGCUUACUUUUACAUCAAUGAUUUGUAAUGAUAAGAAUAAGAUAACUACUGAUUACUGAGAAAUAUAUCAUAAUAUCCUGUACCUUGUGUUCUGGACAGCUGUGAAGUAACUACAUAACUCAUCUUUACAAAAAUACUACGAAAGACUAACCAGAUCUUCCUUAUCAAAAGCUGCUUAUGUAGCAACCAAGGAUACUUGGGUUGUACUAAUUUGAUCUAUCAACCAAAAUAUA